AUGGGAAUAAAGCAACUUAUGCAACUUAUCAAUGAUAAAGCUCCAGGAUCUGUUUACAAACUCCCUUUGUCUCGAUUUUCUGGUCAAAUUGUUGUAUGUGAUGCAUCUAUUGCUUUAUAUCAAUUUUUAAUCUCAACACAGUUCAGCACGAAAUCUGGGCUUGGCACUCUUACCGAUCAUGAAGGAAACCCUACAGCGCAUCUUCUCGGUCUCUUAAAUCGUACCCUUAUGCUGCUAGAAAAUCAAAUAAAACCUAUAUGAGUCUUUGAUGGUGAGCCUCCUAAUUUAAAGCUUCAGACGAUUUCCAAAAGACAGCUUGCUAAAUCAGAAGCAGAAGUCCUUAUGAAGCAAGCUGUUGAAGAACAGAAGCAAGAAGACGCAUUAAAAUUCAGAAUGAGGAGCGUAAUUAUAUCUAAAAAUAUGGCAAAUGAUGCAAUUAAGCUAUUAAAUCUUAUGGGAUUGCCAAUAGCUAUUGCUCCAGGAGAGGCUGAAGCUGAGUGUGCUCAAUUAGUAAAAAGCGGACAUGCUUCUGUUGUAGCGACAGAAGAUAUGGAUUCACUAGUUUUUGGAGCUCCAUAUUUAUUAAGAGGAUUUAACUCAAAAAAGCAGCCUUUAACAGAAAUUUGUUAUGAAGAAAUGUUAAAUGGGCUAGGAUUAAGCCAUGCUGAAUUUGUUGAUAUGUGUAUUUUAUUAGGAUGCGAUUAUACAGAGCAUAUUGAAGGAGUUGGCCCAGUGUCUGCUUAUAAAUUAAUUAAGAAUUUCGAAAGGAUUGAAAAAGUUUUGGAGUUUAUAAAAGAAAAUAAAAAAUAUAAAAUCCCAGAGAAUUUUGAUUAUGAAGGAGCAAGAGAAUUAUUUUUAAAUCCAAAAGUGAAAAAUAAUGAAGAAGUAAACUUUCAAUGGACUGGGCCAGAUGAAGUAGGAUUAAAAGAAUUCUUAGUUCAAGGAAAAGGAUUUGCUCAAGGAAGAGUUGAUGAUGCAGUUUUAAAAUUAAAAAAAUUAAGAGAAAGUCCAAAGCAGUUGGUAUUAGAGCAUUUCUUUGGUAAGCCUAUAAUUAAGAGAAAAUUAUCAGAUGACGAUACUUUAGGUAAAAAGAAGCCAGAGACGAAAACAAUCAGGAAAAGAGGAAAAAAAAUUAAAGCAAGAAUAAUUUUUUAA